AUGACGGCCGAUCACGACGCCCUUUCCCCUACCACCUCCGCCCCGGCUGCCCGAGUCAAGUCGUCGGCUUCCACCCUCACCGAAUAUGGCUACCCGCGCUGCCACUUUGGCCAUUUGACCCAGCCCGAGGAAGAAGCUUUCACGCGUUUUAAGACUGUGCUCGAGGAGCGAGGCCUGCUAAAGCGAGGCCCUCCCGCGUCUCACGACGACCCGUUGCUGCUCCGAUACCUCCGCGCCCGUAGAUGGAACGUCGAGGAUGCCUUCCAGCAGUUCAAGGACACCGAGGAAUGGCGAGUUGCCAACGACAUUGAGGUCCUCUACAACACCAUUGAGCUUGAUGCCUAUGAAUCGAGCCGUCGGCUGUACCCCCAAUGGACCGGCCGUCGCGACCGCCGCGGAAUCCCCCUCUACGUUUUCGAGAUCCGCACCCUCGACGCCAAGUCGGUUGCCGAAUAUGACAAGGUCGGCGCCACCAGCACCUUCUCCAAGGCCAAGUCAGACGGCAAGACGCCCUCCGGCCUGCUCCGCCUCUUUGCCCUCUACGAGAAUCUCACCCGCUUCAACAUGCCAUUCUGCACGCAGCUCACGGACCGCGAGUUCCCCGAGGUCCCAAUCACCAUGAGCACGAACAUUGUCGACGUCUCUGGUGUCGGCCUGAAGCAGUUCUGGAACCUCAAGGCUCACAUGCAGGUCGCUUCCCAGCUAGCCACCGCCCAUUACCCGGAGACGCUCGACCGCAUCUUCGUUAUCGGCGCCCCAUUCUUUUUCAGCACCGUCUGGGGUUGGAUCAAGCGCUGGUUUGACCCCAUCACCGUCUCCAAGAUUUUCAUUCUCGGCAACCACGAGGUCAAGUCGACGCUCGAGACCUUCAUCGAGCCCCGCAACAUCCCCAAGAAGUACGGUGGCAAGCUGGACUACAAAUUUGGUCAGCUGAGUAUCCCAGACGAGACCUGGGAAGGCGUUGUAGUGUGGGAGAAUGGAUACAAGGGCUUCCCCAGCGGACCUUUGCUGUGGGAGGAGGUUGACGACGGCAAGCGACUGGCCUGCGUCGCCCGGGGCGCCAAGAAUGGCAAGCUCCGAAACGAGAGGAUCUGCACCAUCCCAAAGACCUUUACGGCCCCGGUCCUAGAGACGAAGGAGGUCAAGCCACAGACCAACGGCGUCUCCGCCGCGACGGAGACUGAGGUGGCCGAGGGUACCCAAACCGCUGAUGCAGAUACCCGUGAUGACGGAGUGCAGACCGACGAUACCCUGCUGAGUGACAGCGUCCAGGAAAAGCUCAAGAUCAACGGCGAGGACAAGGGCAAGGCGAUCGACACGACCCCCGCACCAGCCCAGACGGUUGUUGUAUGA